AUGCGGGAUGCCUUCACAAAGGAUAAUUACCCUUUAGUUCAAGACACUUUAUUUCUGAGUCCGUUCCCCGAUGUUGAUUAUCCCCGCCAACCCAGUUAUCCAUCAACUCAUCCAAUGGAAUCCAUCAGAGUACCUAUAAAUACGGAAACUUCGGCUUCAUCAUAUCAUCGUCGGGGUCGAGAAGUGGACACGUCCAGUUGGGACGACGAUGCAGCAGUUCGGCUUCGAACCACUGCCAACCCGGCGGCCAAUUAUUGCGACUUCAUAUCCUUUUGUCGCAGUUCACCUACCGUUCGGAAAUUAAUCAAUCGAAAAUAUUUCCUCGAUGGAACUCGCUUUUAUCACCAGCCCUUCGGAAUCAUCUGGUUUGUGAGGGACCCGUGCGGAAUUGUAUGCCUUUUCAUCACAUGGUUCCUUAUUUUGUACGCUGAGUUUGUCAUUUCUGGAGUGAUCCUCGUCCAGGCUCCAUCUCCCAUUUUUUGUUGGUUUACUGGCUCUCUUUACCACUUGUUUACGGUUUUGUCCGUGGUAUCUCACUUCAUGGCAUUUGCAACAGAUCCGGUAGCCCAGCGAUUGAUGAUUCACUUUUGUCUGGUAGGCAUCUUGUUCGUUCGCCUUGUUGCAUUUUCACCGACUGUACUCUAUGCUUCUGCUUACACUGAAACCAUAUGA